CUCAGUUCAAAAUUGAAUGUGCAACUGAUCGCAUAAUAUUUGUGAAAAUUUGAAAAUUAAGUUAGAAAAUCAAAGUAAAAAAGUUAAAUUAAAAGGCGAAAAAAGGAGCAAAAAAUGCAUAGUACAUUGUUAGAUGAGCUGAAUCAAAAUGGCUUUGUUGUUAUCGAAGAUUUUCUUACACCAUCUGAAAUCGAUGAACUUUAUUUAGCCGGCCGUGCUCUUUGUUUGGAUGCACCUCAAGAAAAUCGGAAAGUUUUCAGCACAGUAAAUCAAAAAGAUGCUCACAGCAAAGAAACAUACUUUCUCGAUUCAGGUGAUAAAAUUCGUUUUUUUUUUGAAGAGGGUGCUUUUGGUGAAAAUGGUGAAUUAUUGGUAGAUCCAAUGAUGGCUUUAAACAAAGUUGGUCAUUACCUGCAUGUUCAACAUCCAAUUUUUAACAAAUUAACGUUUAGUAAUCGUGUUAAGGAAAUUUGUUGGCAGUUGAACUUCAAGAAGCCGGCUGUUUGUCAAAGCAUGUAUAUAUACAAGAAUCCAGGUAUUGGCGGCGAAGUUAUAUCACACCAGGACUCUUGGUUUUUACAUACCGAACCGAAUUCCGUUAUUGGUUUUUGGUUCGCACUCGAAGAUUGCACUAUUCAAAAUGGAUGUUUAGAAGUUAUAAAAGGAUCACAUAAAAGUGGUAUUCACCGCCUUUACAAGCGAAAUCCAGAUAAGGAAGCCAACGAGUUACUUAUUUAUGAUCGACCAGCACCAAUAUAUCCACAAUCAAGUUAUACACCACUACUCGUAGGCAAAGGUACUUGUAUUAUUAUUCAUGGCAAUGUGGUGCAUAAAAGUGAACAAAAUCGUUCACAAAAGAGCCGUCACGCGUACACUUUCCACGUCAUUGAGACAGAAAACAAUGUGAAAUAUUCUAAAGAUAAUUGGCUUCAACCAACUAAAGAUAAACCUUUUCCUCUUUUGUUUGAGAGAAAAAACUAAAUAACUUAAAAAGAAAUACUAAUAUAAUUAGUGUACAUGUGGAAUUGAACUUUCUUUUAUUUUUAUUGUGUAUUCCUAUCCAUUUCUCGAUAUUAAAACAAUGUAAGUUUCAAGACAUUUAA